AUGAGUGAUCAAAUUGAAGAGUUGAAUGAAAAGGUGGAAGAAAAUUCUAGUGAUGAUGAAGUAUUUAAAUUAAAAAUUCAAUUAAAAAGUAUCAAAGUAGAAAAUGAACGUUUAAUGGAAAAUUCUAAAAAAAUUAAAGUUGCUACAAUGAAAUUAAAAGAAAAACUUAAUGAAAAAACAAAAUCUAAUAAUGAAUUGUUGGAGGAAGUAAAAAGUUUAAAAGAUAAAGUUAAAGAAAGUGAUGAGUUACAUAAAGAAAGUUGUACAGAUUUAAAUGAAAAAUUAGUACAAUUAGAAAAAGAAAAUUCAAAAAAUGAGGAGAUUGUUAAUAAACUUAAAAAAGAAUUAGAAAAUAGUAUUGAAUCUUUUGAAACAAAAAAGUUAGAGUGUGAUAAAUUGAAAAAUGAGUAUGAAGAUUAUAAGAGUAAGGUGGAUUAUUUAUUAAAACAAAAAAAAGAUGAUUCAAAGGAAGGUUCUACUACAAAUGAUUAUGCAGAGAUGGCUUGUACAAUUCGUGCUCAAAAUAUUAAGAUAACAGAACUUGAAAAUGAAAAAUAUUCUUUAGAAACAGAAUUAAGUCUUUUAGAUGAAUCUUAUAACAAAUUAAAGGAAGAAUUUAACAAAGAAAAACAAUUUUAUAUUGAAAAAUUAACAGAAUUUGAAAAAGAUUUUGACUCAAAAAUAAAAGAAAAAGAAAAAAAUUUUGAAGAUGAUAAAUAUACAUAUCAACAAUCAAUAAAAGAAACUAUUAACAAUAAUGAAUUUUUGCAAAAACAAGUAGAUGACUUAAAAAAACAAGUUUCUGUAUUAGAAAAUCAAUUGUCAAAUGCUACAUUACAAGUUUCAACAUUACGACAAACAUCUGAUGUCAUUACAAAAAAACGAUCUCAUUCACCGGAAGUUAAAUCAAUACUAUUACCUAAAUUUGAACCUGCUAUAAAUAUUAGAUCAAAUAUAGAAGCAGAGAUGUUUUUAAAUAGUAAUGAAGAUUUCUCUGUAGAUGAUGGCCUUUCUCCACCUAUUGAUAAAAAUGAAAAAUUUAAUUUAAAAGAUUUAUUAAGUGAAAAUUUUGAUGGGGUCAGUGAAAUAAGUCCAUUUAAUUUAGAUAAAUGGAAUAGUAAUGAUACUGAAGAAGAGAUAACAUUAGAACAUUAUGAGGAGGCACUACAAAAGUUAAAACAUUUUGAGAGUCUUCUUAAAGACUCUGAGAUAUGGAAUAGUCAACUUGAGGAACAAGUAAAAUUUCUUAAAACUGAACUUCGCCGUAUUACAAAUAAUGAGGAGAGAAUGCAACAUCUCAAAAAUAUUGAAUAUGUAAAAGAUGUUAUCUUAAAAUUUAUAAAAGAUGAAAAAGUAGAAAAUGAGAGAAAACAAUUAAUUCCAAUUUUAAAAACAUUAUUAAAAUUAUCAGAUGAGGAGGUUAAUGUAUUAGAAAAUUUUUCAACUAAAUUUGCCUUAAAUAAUACAGGUAAAUUAACAAAUAAUUGGGGAAGUUAUUUUAAAAAUUUAACAGGAAUAUAG